AUGAAGCAUGCUCCGGAGGUGCUCAGGGUGAAGCGAAGAAGAGAUGAAGAUUCGUUCCAGACGUUGCUGUUAGAGGAGGAGGAGAGAUCCAGUAAAAAGGGUAAAUACGUGUUUAAAUUGGCGAAGACGGUUGAUCAUGUUGAAGGGUACACGCCGUUAUUGAAGCUCGCGAAGGAGGAUGAAAACAAGGUGUUUGUGUUAGAGCAGCAUCAAGAGCAGCAGCAGGCGCAGGCCCUGCAGAAGGAGAAUGAGGGUAGUGGUGAGGUGGAUGAGGAGUUACCAUUGGAAAUCUCGGAAAUGUUGGAAGAAUGCUUAAAGCUGAGUGCUGAAGGGAGGGAUGUUGCAUCUGGGAGGCUUAAGGCGGGUAAGCGACAUAGUUCCCAAGGCUACGUUACGGAGAUGCAGUCGCUCGAAUAUGUUUACGAUGUGUAUAUUAGAGAGGUUCUUCCUGAGGAUGAUGAGUUUGUUCUGGACGAAGGUACGGUAGGGUACAUACGAAUCGUGGAGGAGCAAGGAGAACUGCUCCCAGAUGAGGAUGAGCUAUCGGAUUCACAGCUCCUCUCGGAUGACGAAGACUCGAAUGAAGAGCACUAUUAUAGGAAUGACUACCCCGAUGAUGAGGAUGAUGAUAGGUCUAUUCUGUUUGGUAGUGAAUCUGAAUAUUCUGAGGGCCAGGAGACACGCUCAUAUAGUAUUCCGUGUAGCGAGGAGAGACUAGAAGACCAUCCCAGUCUACCUGAACAAGACCAAAAGACUUUUGAUCCCUUGUUCGAGAGUCUAGGUGGAGAAGCGAACCUUUUAAGUUCAUUAAACACCACUAAUUAUGUAGAUUUGGACAAACUUCAUGGCGAACAUCUUGACACUGAUGAAGAUGAUGAUGACAUGUCGAAGGGUUCAGAAGCAUCUUUCAAGAAGUACAGUUUCUUCCCCAACGAAGAAGACGACCCAAUGGCUACACAUAGGGACAAGGUAUUCGCUAAGCUGCAGAGAAUGAUCGAUCAGCGGCAACCAAAAGACUAG